CAAUAGGACGAAAUAGAAAUAUAACAUUAUCUGCAACAAAUCAUAUCAAAGAAAGAUGUUCUCAUUCUAAAUCAAUUUGUUAGAUCAGAUGGUUGUAUAUUGCCACGUAGAAUUACAGGUCUUUGUAAAGUACAACAAAAAAGAAUUAGUUCAUUAAUUCAAAUGGCUCAAUAUGCAGGUUAAGAAUCAUGUUUACAUCUAAAUUAAUAAAGACUCCAUGGUAUACGAUUCAAAAAAGAUACGUAUCAAAAGGAACCACAAUUAUAAAAAAAGAACAUGGAGAACACGAAAUUUCGAAAAUUCGAAACAUUGGAAUUUUGGCACAUAUUGAUGCUGGAAAAACUACUACCACAGAAAGAAUGCUAUAUUAUUCGGGUCUUAUUAAACAUAUGGGAGAAGUUCAUCAUGGAAAUACAGUAACAGAUUAUAUGGAUCAGGAACGUCAACGCGGUAUAACAAUAACCUCUGCAGCGGUGACAUUUGAAUGGAAAAAUUAUUGUAUUAAUUUAAUCGAUACCCCAGGACAUAUUGACUUCACAAUGGAAGUGGAACAAACUUUAAGGGUAUUAGAUGGAGCAGUAGUUAUAUUAGAUGGAAGUGCAGGUGUCGAGGCUCAAACAUUGACAGUGUGUAGACAAGCUGAUAAAUAUGAUAUACCAAGAAUUAUUUAUAUAAAUAAAAUGGAUAGAAUAGAUGCUAAUUUUGAUACUAGUCUAAAAUCUAUUGAAUCUAAAUUGCACACAGAAGUUUUGCCUGUACAAUUUCCAAUUAAAGAAAAAGGAAUUUUAGAAGGAAUCGUAGAUACUAUUUCUUUAGAAAAAAUUAUAUUUGAUAAAAAAGACAUGGGCAAGAAACUUUCUAGAUUCAAAUUAACUGAAGAUAAGGAUAAAGCUUUAUGGGAAAUGGCAAAUGAAAAGCGUAGAGAUUUAACUGAUAAAUUGUCCAAUAUGGAUGACAAAUUGGCUGAUACAAUUAUAGAACAGGAAUCUUUAGAUGCAAUAACACCACAAAUGCUGGUUGAUUCUUUAUACAGGGCAACCAUAAAUAGAAAAGGUGUUCCUGUACUUUUAGGUAGUUCUUAUAAAAAUAUAGGAGUACAACCUUUAAUGGACAGUAUAUUACUAUAUUUACCAUCACCCAAUGCAAGUAAAUAUUCUAAGUAUUAUCAUUGUUUUGAUAAUAAAUUAUGUGCCAGAGCAUUUAAAGUCGUUCAUGAUAAACAAAAAGGACCGAUCACAUUUUUUAGAAUUUAUAAUGGUAGCAUAGAGAAAGGUACGAAAUUAUAUAAUGUUCGUACAGAAAAAAAAGAACAAGUAGGAAAAUUGUAUAUCGCAUACGCUGAUGAAUACGAAGAAAUAAAAAAAAUUUCACAGGGCAAUAUUGCAGCGAUAACAGGAUUAACAAGUACCUCAGCUGGUGAUUUAAUAUCAGUAGGAUCAACAGCGAUAGAAGAAGCAGAAAAAAAACUGAAAGCGCAAAAAGAUGUUAAACCAGAAGAUGUGGAUAAAAUAUUUGAUUGCAAUUCAAAGACAGAACCAGUUUUUUUCUGUUCGAUAGAAGCACCAUCGUUAUCUAUGCAAACAGCUUUAGAAAAGGCUCUCCAAGAACUUGAAAGAGAAGAUCCAAGUUUGAGUGUUACUCAAAAUGAAGAGACUGGUCAGAUUGUACUUGGAGGUAUGGGUGAAUUACAUCUCGAAAUUAUUAAAGAAAGAAUUAAUACGGAAUAUAAAAUCGAUGCCGAUUUAGGCCCCUUACAAAUUUCCUAUAGAGAGACUAUCAAGGAACCUAUUCAAGAUACUUUUUCGAGUGAAUAUAAAAUAGGAGAUAUUAAUACAAAAAUUACAAUAACAAUGUCAUUAAUACCAAAUUAUGAAGAUAAAGAGACUUUCUUAUUAGACAAAUCCAUGGAUUAUAUUAAUACUAAAAUACCAAAGAAUAUAAUGAAAGUUGUGAAAAAUAGUGUUAAAUCAGUUCUUUUAAACGGACCAAAAUUAUCUUAUCCUAUCUUAAAUAUGGGUAUUAAACUGCAUAAUUUAGAAUAUGGACCAGGUGCUACCUCGUCGAUAAUUAAUGCUGCUGUUUCACAAUGUAUUAGACAGUUAAUGAAGAGUGCUGGCGUUGCUCUUUUAGAACCGAUAAUGCGAUUGGAGAUUGUAGUUCCUGAAGAUUAUUUAAGCGUUAUCCUCAAAGACUUGGCAAAAAGGCGCGCAGAAGUAAAGUGCAUUGAUGUCUUUAAACAAAACAAGAUAGUCUACUGUCUUGCCCCAUUAGCCGAAUUAUUAGGAUAUUCAACGACGGUGAGGAUAAUUUCAUCAGGACAUGCAACGUUUACGUUGGAAUUCGAUCACUACGAAGUAAUGGAUUCAGCCAGUGAAGCAGAUGCGAUUAAAAGAGUAACUGGUUUUUAUUAACUCUUUUCAAAAUCAUACGAUAUCAUUCAAAUCAAAUAUUCGUUGUAUUUUUAAGAAUUUAAUUGUACAAAGAUAGAUUUAUGAAAAUUAUUUACAAAUUAAUGCGUUUAAUAAUUAAAAUCAUGAAUGAAUCAAUUUUUUUCUCAAUCUCUAUCUCUCCGUAAAGAGAUUUCCAUACAAAGUAAUCGGUACGAUACACAAAAUUAAAAACACAUUAUUAUUCUUGGACAAAAUUACAUACUCGAUUGUUCCUUUAUUCAUUCGAUCUAAUCAAAAUAUAUUGCAGCAUUUAUCAAUGGUGCUUUACAAUUCUUCUUUCUUAUUUACGAUCAUCGAUCGCGGCCGCCGAUUACGUGGCUGAAAUCGAGCAGCUUGUAAAAAUGGUAUCUUUAUCUAAAAAUUUAUACAUAGUAUAUUUAUAUAUAAUAGUAAAAAAAGAAAAGGAAAGAAAAAAAAAAAAAGGGAGAAAAUGUAAGAAAAAGAAGGGAAGUCUUAUCGAAGAAAUACCGGCCAGCCUCGCAAGCAGCAGCCGCGCAUAAAUAUAUUAAUAUUGCUUAAAGAUCAUGCAAAAAUGUCAUACAUAGUAAAAUAUAUGUAUGUAUAUAUAUUAUAUGUAUGGAGGGAUUACAUGUAAUAGGGUGAGAGACUUGUAAACACGUCAUUUGCACGUAAAAAUCUUCCACUUCCGUUUGUACGCGUAAUCGGAAGCGGUUUCGACGCGAUUCUCAGUUUCUUGGGAAUGCGACGAAAACAGGACUGAAUUCUCGAUA